AGUGAAUUAAAUGACACUGUUCUUGAAGCUCAGCAAAGGAUAAGAGACGACCCACCAAUAUUCAAUGUCAAUAAUGCAAUUGAUCGCUACUUGCAGUCCAAUAACCGGCUGUUGAUAUUGGGUUUCGAUGGGGUGCUAACAGAAAUGGUGGAUAGCCUUGCAAAAAGAGGUUGCGAUCGGGUUAAAGAUAUGGAACUUAGAUUGCAUCCCAUUUUGAAUGGACCUUUAGCGGCAUUGUGUAGGGAUCCAAAGACAACAAUUGUUAUUCUCAGUGGAAGUGACAGAACUAACUUAGAUGAUAACUUUAGUAAGUACAACAUAUGGUUGGCAGCAGAGCAUGGGAUGUUUCUUCGAUCUACAAAUGGAGAAUGGAUGACUACAAUGCCAGAGCUCCUAAACAUGGAUUGGGUUUACAGUGUAAAGCAUGUAUUUGAGUACUUCACUGAAAGAACACCCGGAUCUUAUUUUGAGAUGCGUGAAACUUCUCUUGUUUGGAACUACAAGUAUUCAGAUGUUGAGUUUGGAAGGUUUCAGGCUAGAGAUAUGCUACAACAUCUCUUCAG